CGUACGCUAGAAGGCAGCACCGAUUCGAACGAGGCUGCUUCUUACGUCACAGGCGAAAAAGAACGCACCUCACACAUGUCGCCACAGCUGUUGCGAAGACUUCACUGCUUGUGAAGACGCAGAGGCCUUUCGUCUGCACAGGCAAAAUAUUCAGAAGGCGAAAUGGCUCUGAUGGGGAUUCAGCUGGUGGUCAGUUUGCUGACUGCCAGCAUCAUGCAGAGGAUGGCGCCCCAUUGCUCGUUUGCACGUUGGCUACUGUGCAAUGGCAGUCUGUUCCGGUUCAAGCACCCUUCUGAGGGAGAGCUGUGUGCCUUGGCUGGGAAACAGAUGCCCAAAACAAACAGGAGAGACAGGAGACAAAAUGGUGAAAACAAGCCUCUCACCGUGCCCAAAGACAUUGACCUCCACUUGGAGAAAGCACCAGUCAAUGCCAUUGAUGCCCUAGUGUUGCGUUUCUUCCUGGAGUACCAGUGGCUGGUGGACUUUGCUGUCUAUGCCUUAGGAGUCUUCCUUUUCACAGAGUGUUACUACAGCGUGGUGGAUGCCAGCAAGGAGGUGAACAUCGGUGCCAUCUGGUGUGUCCUCACUGUUUUUUUCGGACUCAAAGCCCUCCACACGCUGAUGAGCCACUACUUUCGUUCUGAGGAGGGCGGUGAGCGUUCUGUGUGCCUUGCGUUUGGCUUUCUGUCCCUGCUUGUAGCCAUGCUGGUCCUAGUGGUUCGAGAGGACUACUUGGAGUUUGGCUUGGAGUCAGGCUUUUCCAGCCUCUUUGACAACUUGGAGGUGUUCGCCAAGCAGCAGGGCUACGCCGACUGGUCGGUCCCUGUGACCAAGCUAACAGUGAAGCUCGGCCUGGCCGCAGUCUGCGCUUAUAUCGGCUCUUUGAUGGCGUUCCCCGGUCUGCGUCUGGCUCAGACUCACCUGGAUGCCGUGCAGAUGAAUUCGGAACGCCCCCUGAUCCAGAUUCUGCUGCACAUGAGCUUCCUCUCUCCGGUGGUUGUGUUGAUCCUGUGGGUCAAACCCAUCGCCAGGGACUUCCUUGCUCACGCACCGCUGGGGAAAACCUCCGUCACGCUGGUAUCCAGCCAUGCCUUUGACUGCAUGCGACUGUGGAUCGUCGUGGCUUUGUGCGCAUUGCGGCUAGCGCUAACACGCUACCACCUGCAGGCCUACCUCAACCUAGCCCAAAAGUGGGUGGAGCAGAUGAAGAAGGAGGCUGGGCGUAUUGCCGCCAUUGAUAUUCAGAGGAAGGUUACUCGUGUGUUUUGCUACUUGACUGUAGUGACUCUCCAGUAUUUGGUUCCGGUUCUGCUUAUCCUCUUCUCCACACUCGCUCUCAAGACAUUAGGUGGAUUCUCCUGGAGCGGUGAGGCCUCAUCCGAUGUCCCCGGCGUGACACCCGCCUUGCUAAUGCCCACUGUGGCACCUGCGUCGGGUCUCGAUGAUGACGAGGAGCCUUUGGAGGACAUGGAGGAGGACAUCCAGGCCACGGUGGCGCGCCUGACUGAGAUGCUGACCAUGUUGCGCUCGGUCCUCACGCCACUUUUCUUCAGGGGCUUCUUCGCCUUGCUCACCUGGUGGGUGGCGGCCUGUCAGGUGAUCAGCUCACUUUUCGGUAUUUACUUCCACCAGUACCUCAUGCACAAUUAGGACAAAAGCGCAGUGGACAUUCUGAGCCAACCAGAGCAGGCUUCUGGUAUGGAAACACAAACAUCGCCUCAUCUUCCACUUGUUUAUGGAACAUUUCACACUUCUGCCUGGAAGAUGACUCAAUGUCGCCCCUUUGUGACACUAAUGCUGCAGUCCAGAAAAGUGGCAAGUCUUUACGAAAUCAAUUGUAUCCUGUAUUAAGUUAUUUGCUAAAACAAAAUGUCUUGCGACAGUCACAAAUAUUUGCUUAGCACUGUUGUCAGCCAUCUUUUUUCUUUAUCUUGCUUCUGUUUCAAGUACGAUAUUCUGACUUCCAAGCAGUCAGGGAUGAAACACAAAACAGCUCAAAGGUCGAAUCACUUCACUUUUUAAUGUUUCAGUGCUCUACCAAUCACUAUUUUCGCUCAGCAUUUGUAAUAAAUCGAAGACUACUGAUUGGCUGAAUGCUAAUGAGAGUGAAUUUCAAAAACAAUGCAUUCAUCUCUUGUGUUUUAGUAACACUAAAGCAAAAGUGUUCAAAGUGCAUUUCUGGUCCACAACCUGUUUGACCUGUGGCUUAUUCCAAAAAUCCACGAAAAAUUCCACCAUUGCUCAUAAUAUGCUGUCACCACUAUGUCGCUUUUGUCAGAAUACAAAACUGACACAGCAAGUUUUUCUUAAAUUAUACUUCUUAUGUACACAGGUUGGUUUUAGCCUGUUUCUAAAAUUGGAUACGUCAAAAUGACCCCUGAAUCCUUUGAUUUUUCACUAUGUGUCCCUCAGGUUUCAACCCCUAUUUAAAGUGUUGAAUUAGGUUGUGCUGAUGUCAUCACGUAUGUCACUCACAACCACUAGAGGGAAGCAUUUGCAUAGGAAUACUAUGGUGUCCAAUUCAUUUCUCCCACUUUGAGACAACAUGCAUUUUCUAGUUUUCCAUUCAGAUGCUGUAGGUAGCAAUGAGGAGGUCAAAGGCUACGGAGCCAUGGUGACUUUUUAGGGAUGCAACUGUCAUCAGUGAGUGUUUUUUUUAUUGUUUGAUUGCAUGUUGUGACUACAAGGGACAUUUUGACCCAGUUACAAAAGAACCGAUUCAAGAGUGCUAUUUCUUUUCAGUUUUUUUAAGGUUGUGGCUGAAUACUUUUAAUAAUUCCUGCUGGAAUUCCCAAGUGCCUACAAGCUCAGGGAUUUUCGGUCAAUUUUAAAAGAAAUGUCAUUAGUCCCUUUUCAGUGUUUGAAAUAUUUGAAGGGAUUAAAUUACAACUCCAUGGCAACAUUUUCAUCCGCAGCAUUGUAAAUGGUUGGUAUUUGCUUAAGGCAUGGAUUUAUUUAUUGGUUAACUUUAUUCAUCACACGUGGAACUGAAAUUAAAAGUUGCAUUUGUUUAGGAUCAAUAAAGGUGUCUGUUUUUUGGCUUUUUAAUGGAAAUGCUCUGAAAUCAUCAGUACUGUGAAGUGCAAUGUUUAACAUGUUUUGACUGCAUGGUGUGUGUAUAUUUUUGGUUUUGCUUUUACUUGUAUGUGUGACUUAAUUAAAACAUUUUUCAAUCUUGUUUCA